AUGGGACUAUUGGACCAUUUUGUUACACAUCGGAAAGAAAGAAAAGCUGCCAAAGAAUUACCAGAGACAACAGAUCAGUCUUACGACACACAAGUCCAAAAAUCUAAUUCCUCCAGUCUUGGUCAAAAGAUUAAAGAAGACAUUAGAACUCUCAGGAAAAGUCACCCGGAACUACAAUCGACUUCUAAGCUAGAGAAACCAUCUUCGACACUUCAAAAUGCAAGUUCUUCUAUCAACUUUCCAAAGCGGUCCGCCUCAGACAAAGGUCUCCUCUCGGUCCAAAAGAAGCACCGAGCCUCGUCGAAAGAUGACACACGGCCAGAAGAUAUACCAUCUGACGGGUACGCUUCUAGUAGCGAUUCUUCUUCGACUUCAAGCAAGAAGCGAUCGGCAGAAUCGAAAGCCGCGAGGGAAAGGCAGAGGGAAAUGAUCAACCUUCAAAGAAGCACACCGAAUGGUUCUUUAAAGAACCAAUCAUUGUGGGUGUACCCCGACACUAGAUGCUACAAUUAUAGGAAUGGUGGCGUCCAUUCCAGUGAUUGGGAUAAGACAACGAAGACUACGCCUACUAGUGAAGGGAAUGUCUCUAGCACUGGCUCCAGAGACAAAAUCAAGGAAACAGACAGCUCGAAUCUGGUUUCUAGCAUUCACAAGGAGCCUAGAAAUCCUGUAGUUGGGGGAUUACCAGAAUCAUCAAAUCACUACCAGCCGGUUUCGUGCCAUACACCAUAUGGCCCAUAA